UGAACAUAUCCAGGGAGCAAGCAGCACAGACGAGUCACAAACGGCUGUAAUUACCACGGGAUAUUUUCAAUGACAAACCGGAUUAUAGAUCUGAGAAGAAGCACUGAAAAGCAGGAUUAGAAGCUCUUGACUUGUGUCUCUGCUUUACAAUGGGGAUAGACCGGCGCCAGAGAGCAUCUCUGGCACUCACCUUGAACUUCCUCGCGCUGCUGUUUGCCGUGUCGGCCCUCACCACCAGCUACUGGUGUGAGGGCACCCGGAAGGUGGUGAAGCCCUUCUGCAAGGGGCCCGUCGCCCUCAAGCAAAGCUUCUGCAUUAGGUUCAAUAGCUCCAACCUCAAUGACAGCAGGCUGGUGCAGUACAUCUGGGAGACUGGGGAGGACAAGUUUCUUAUGAGGAAGUUCCACACUGGCAUCUGGUUCUCAUGUGAGCAAAAUGUCAACAUGAUUGGAGAGAACUGCAGAAGUUUUUUAAAUAUUGCACCUUCACACGAAAGAGGGGUCUUGUGGUUGUGCAUUGUUGCGGAAUGCCUCUACAUUGUUCUGCUGUCGACGGGAGGGAUCCUCAUGUCAAUAGAAGUCUGCUACUACAGCAACGUCAUCGAUGGCCUCAAGCUCAAUGCCUUCGCUGCAAUAUUUACUGUCCUGUCAGGUCUCCUAGGAAUGGUAGCGCACAUGAUGUUUACAACAGCCUUCCAGCUAACAGUCAGUCUCGGGCCUGAAGACUGGAAGCCACAGACUUGGGACUACAGCUGGUCUUACAUUUUAGCAUGGAGUUCCUUCACUGCCUGCAUGGCCUCAUCCGUGACAACAAUCAAUCGGUACACAAAGACUAUCUUGGAGUUCAAGCACAAACGAAAGAACAUUGAGAAGAACCUGAAGAUCAAGCAGAAGCUGCUUGACUUGGAUUCACCAGACCAGGUGUGGGACAUGUAUAUCAGCUCGGUGCCCAGCACCGCAGAGGAGUUCCUCGACCUCUCCAGCAACACUCGCAAGCUAUCUAAUGCCUCCAUCUUUCUAGAUAUAAAUGAUCUACCUGAUCAUCAGGUGGAAGAGUACUGCUGAACUGCUUUUUGAGGGGGUUAGACUUUUAGAUGUGUCUAAAAGAAUAUUCAAAUGAUGAUGUCUAAUCUUGAACCCUUGUUUCAUGCUGUGUGCAAAUGUUGAAUUUGACUUCAACUGAAACAACAGGCAAUUACUUAUUAUUUUUUAUGUUUUUCUUACCAAUGUAUGAUUAUUUAUUUAUUGUCUUGCAUUUUGCAACUGGAGACAAGUUGAUGUUGAACUUUAUGGAUGUAGCUGUAUGUGAGUAUUGCUUAUAUGAGAAAAUGCCUUUUGUAAAUGAUAAAAGGCAAUAAAAAAUGUUGCUCUGAGAAUAAAGCUGAUAGAUUAUUGAUGUUAGAAAAAUUGCAAAGGAGCCGACAAUAGAUUGAAAAUGAAGUGUUUUUUUGUUCUAAAAAAUAUUAUUUUGUGUUUUAUAUGAGAGCUAUAAUGGUUUUUGUGACAUCAUGUAUUUUUCUUCUUGAAAAUACUUUAUUCAAAUUAUGCAUUAACAUCUUUUAUUUUCUGCUGUGAAAAAAAGUAUAGUGUGUUAAGUGCCUUUGCUUUGAAAUUUAAACAUCGUUGCAUGUUCAUUAUAGUGAAAUUGAAAAAUGAAGUUAUUAAAUAUUUUAAGGCCUGGUAUAAAAGGCAAAUUUAUGGAUUUUUAAUGACAUUUCCAUCUAAUGUGGUUGCAAAGCUGUCCUUGAACCCCCCCCGAAACAACAAAGGGCUGUGUAUCGCAUUUUUUUAACAUUCAUAGUCUCAUGAACAUUAUCAGGAUGAUUCACGAAGAAUACGAAUAUUAGUGUGAUAAGCAAUAAAGUUACAUGGACAAAUUAAUUUUUAAUUUUAAUAGACAUUCUACAAAGACAGUGACUACAGAACGCUAACUAUACUGUUAGCUUUUUUUAUGCAAAGAACAAGAUUUUACAAAUAAGAUGCAAUGUAUUUUCUUCCCAUCCCUCACAGAACGUUAGACUUUAAUAUUGCCUGAAAUAUCAGAAUGAAAAGGUGUUUAGUUUCAUAGGUCACAUUAGUAAAGCAACACAUAUUUAUUAAAAGAAGAACCCAAAACCACAAAAAUAAAAACUUAAUUACCCAAGUACUUACUAUAUACAAUAGGGAUGGAACAGCUGCAAAGCUUGCUGAGGAACAGCUUCAUGAAGACAAUUUCAGGCACAAAAUGAUUGACAUGUUUCAGGAAAAAUGUAUUCUUCAGGAGCUUAUUUAUAAAUCAUGCCAGUUGUUACAGUGUUUCUUGCAAUCCAUGUUAGCUUAACUUCCACCUUCUGUCCCUACAAAUGAUUCAAUGGACUCUCCAUUAAGUUUGCUACUUUUCACCCUCAGAUGGAUCAUUUUGUAGACAUGUACAAUGUGGAAUUAUAAUCAGUGUAAUACGGCAGGGUUACAGUAAUUGGCCAACACUUAGUGCACACAGUUAUCUUCCAGCUUGUUUUAUUAAGCUUCCAGUUACCAGUAACUAAAUCCACCUACUGUAUCAAAAUUAUUAUUUUUUUUUAUUUCUUUUGCUUAAUUAUAGUGUCAUUUAGGAAUAAUGUUCUAAAUAUUGUUUCUAGAACAGCUCCUAUUUUGAACCUUGUUUGUACUUUGUAAUAAUCGAAGUUAAGUAAUUAUGGGUGAUAAAAGCUGUGUUCUUUAUUUAUACAGUUAAAUUGUCUAAUGGAUUUUGUUAUUUGUG